AUGGUUUUCGUUUCCAACGGCUCUGAGUACGACUUCAUCAUUGUCGGCGGUGGUACCGCUGGCAAUGCAAUUGCUGGUCGCCUUGCUGAGAAUCCCACUGUCCGGAUUCUGGUUGUCGAAGCUGGCAUCCCCAACCCUGAUCAGAUAGAACAAAUCACCACCCCGUCGAAAGCUUUCACCCUUCGCGGAAGCAAGCACGACUGGUCUUACAAGACGACCAUGAUCAAGCGCGAUGACUACGAGCGCGUCGAAAAGCCCAACACCCGCGGAAAGGCUCUUGGUGGUAGUUCGUGCGCCAACUACUUCACUUGGAUUCCUGGCUCGAAGCCUACCUUUGACGACUGGGAGGCCUUUGGUGGCCGUGACUGGAAUUGGGACUCCUGUGUGGAGUACCUCCGCAAAUGCGCCACCUACCACGACGAUGAGAAGCUUUAUCCGGCCGAACUGAGCAAGAUUGGGACCGGUGGGCCUGUGCAAAUAUCCCAUGCCGACUUGGUGCCAGAGAUGAAGCCGUUCCGCGAUGCGCUAACUGAGGCCUGGGUUUCCAAGGGCCAACCUCUGAGCGAGGACAUCUACUCCGGCGAGAUGAAGGGUCUCACCCACUGUGUUGAUACCAUCCACCAGGGUGAGCGCCAGGGUAGUUUCCUUUACCUAAAGGACAAGCCUAACGUAACAAUCCUCUACGGCGUUCACUCGAAGAAGUUGCUUAUCGAUCCUGCCACGCGCAUCUGCUCCGGUGUCACUGUGAUAAGCGAAUCUGUCGGCCACGAAAUCAGCGUCUACGCCAGCCGAGAAGUCAUCCUGUCUCAGGCAGCGGAACUGGCCAAACACGGGAUUACUCCCAUUGUGGAAUCCCCUCAUGUCGGUCAGCAUCUUCUUGACCACCCAAUUGUGCCUUUCGUUCUUGAGGUCAAGGAUGGGUACAGCUUGGAUAACCACAUCCUCCGUCCCGGUCCUCUAAAUGACAAGGCGCUGUCCACCUACCAGAAGGACAAGACUGGCCCUGCAAGCUCUGGGUUCUUGGAACUUAAAUAUCCUGCCUACCGCGAGGCUAAGGCUGCCAACGGAGGCCUGGAUCCUUUCGGCCCAGCAGGACAGCCUCACUUUGAGCUGGAUUUCGUUGGCUUGUUCAGCACCGCAUUCCAGUGGCAUUACCCUAUGCCCGAGAAGGGCAGCUACAUGACCGUUAUUGUCGAUCUGCUGCGGCCCCUUUCCGAGGGUGAAGUUACCCUGAACAGCUCUAACGCACAGAUUCAGCCGAAUAUCAAUCUCAACUUCUUUGGCAAUGACUUGGAUAUUCUGGCCAUGCGGGAGGGUGUACGUUGGACAUAUGAUCUUCUGACCAAGGGUGCUGGAUUCAAGGACAUUGUUGUCUCGGAGUACCCCUGGAAGAUGCCCCUUCAUUCCGAUGAUGAUAUGGACCGGGCGGUUCUGGAUCGCAGCCAGACUGGAUUUCAUCCAUGUGGUACCGCACGUCUCUCGAAGAGCGUCCACCAGGGCGUUGUUGACUCAAAGCUGCGAGUUCAUGGAGUGCGCAACCUCAGAAUUGCAGAUGCUUCUGUCAUCCCUGUUAUCCCUGAUUGCCGUAUUCAAAAUUCGGUCUAUAUGAUUGGCGAGAAGGGGGCGGAUAUAAUUAAAUCUGAACACAAAGACCUAUAUGAGACCAAGAACAUUCCCCAUCUUGUCUCCAGCAAACUUUGA